AUGAGAAUGCAAAUGAGUAUGAAUAUGUCGCCGAGCGGGAGCACUGCAACCAGCUCACCAAAGAUUGCAUCACCUGCCAUGUCUAAUGUGAACGGCAGUAAUGGUGGGCAGCACGGUACCAGCGGUGGUUUUAACACUAAUGGCAUAACAGGACUGUGUUUGGAAACGGUUAACAGUCACUGUCUUAAUAUUAAUGGGGUCAAAGGUUUGCGGUGGCAGCGACCCAAUUCGAUAUACGCGGACUUGAUGGAACAACCUCAAGUGAGGGACUCGUGUUUGAACACAGUGGCAAUUACAGACUUGAAACCGGACGAUUCUACGUUUUUGCUUGAUUUAACUAGUCAUGGAUACCCUUUGAAAGAUUUUCAUACCCUUCAUGUUUCGUUCCCCAGUACGUUGCUUAGAAGGCCUAGAACCACCUUCCAUCAGUUGAUUUCCACAUUGCAUAUAGAAACUCAGGCGCUCUUGAAAGAUAGGCUUCUUAGUUCUGAUCAUAUUGUCAUUUACGAUGAGCAUUCAACGCUUCAUCGUUGUAAUCAGCAGACUUGCUCUGUGAUUAUGAAAUUGAUACCAUUCCUCAAUGAGCAAAACCCCUCGUAUACGAUCAGCUUAAUCGAAGGUGGACCAUCGUCCUUCAAUAAGCAACGGUUCCCUCCAAAUGUGGCGGUACCGUUACCAUCGUUCAAAAUCAGUCAUCCGGAGGAUGGGAAGGACAAUAAUGGCAACAGUAAACAUCCUAAUUUGAAAUUGCAUAUACCACAAGUUGACGAAAGCCAAAUUUCUCCAAAUUUGAUUUCUUCAGCUUCAUCAACUAGGAUGUUCAUACAAUCUUUGAAAAGAGAUAGUAUUCAUUAUUCUCCGAACUCGAUUAAAAAAUACUUCGUCUUUCAUACCCCUGAAGUACUGCCCUCUCAUGUACCGAGAUGGUUGUCACCGUACAACACGAAGAACGACUCCGUAGUGGAACGUAUAUUUGAAGACUUCGAGACUUUGGAAGCAUUAGAAGUUAGAAGAUUAGAGAAGUGUUUGAUGGCCACAAAUCCUUCUUCUAAUGUCAACUCCGCUCAAAACAGUAAUAAUAAUAGCAGCGACAACACCAACAACAGUAACAAUAACAAUGAUAAUAAUAAUAAUAAUAAUAAUGAUACAUCUAGCAUAAGGUUGCCAGAAAAGCAAUCACCACAUACUGAACUUGGAAAAGAGUACUCGUUGCGGAGUCUUCAAAAAGAAUAUAAACCUAACGGAAAUUUGGAUGAAUCAGAUGACGAUACUCUAGUCAUGAAACAUUCGAACGGUUCUGUGGAUGAGAAGUUACGGAGGGAUAUUAAGGAAGAACUCAACGAUUCGAACAAGCACAAUUUAAUAGGAAAAUUGAAUACCGUUUCACCAGGACUGCUUCCCGUUUUGAAGAACGAUGCGGACUCUGGUAUCACUGUUGUGUCGAGGAGCUCUCAAUACCCUGAUGCCAGUGACAUUAACGCUAGUAAUUUUAACGAAAAAAUGGCAAAUUCAGAUGAAGAAGUGGUUGAGACUCCGCUGGGCAAUUAUCAAAUGACUAAAGGGAUUCAAUCGUUCACCAAGAACAGAUACUCCAACAUUCUACCUUAUGAGCAUUCAAGGGUGAGGUUACAACCCUCUCCUCUUGCAGAACAAUUGACUUUGACUUCAGAUCAGCUAUCUUUACUAUCGGCGCCAAAAUCUGGUAAAUAUGACAACCUCACCCCCGGCGGGAACAGAAGACGGGAGUUAGAAUUACAAACUGUUGACGAAAAUGCUGGCUACUUCUCACAGGAUAGUUCACCUACUAGAUUAUAUUCACAUCCCGCCAAUCGGAGUGAAACAACUGCAACUUCUGAAACAGAUUAUGAUACGGAACCUUUCAACGAUUACUUCAAUGCUAACUAUUUAAGAUUACCACAAAUUAACCCUGAUUUCAACUACAUUGCAACACAAGCCCCUCUACCAUCUACCAUCGAUGAUUUUUGGAACGUUGUUCUUUCUAAAAAUCUAAAAGUUAUUAUAUCCCUUAAUUCUUAUGAUGAGUUGGACAUGAAGAAAUGGGAUAUCUACUGGAACUCAAAAUCCAUCCGCAAACAUGAAGUCAAGGUAACAAAUACCUAUGAAGAUGUUUUUGAUAUUCCAGGUUGCAUUUUACGUGUCAUGAAUGUAUCGAAAUCAGAUUCCAGAAUUCAAUCACCAAAUAAAAGAACAAAAUUCGACCAACUUCCUGUCAAGAAUGAGUCUCGCCCCCAUACCGUGUACCAACUUCAAUACACAAAAUGGUUAGACUCCUGUGGAAUCAACAUGAGAGACUUCAUUCAUAUUUAUCAUAUCAAAAAUCUUCUCUUGAAUGAUCCAGCUUCGCUUUUCAAUGCUCUUAACAAUAAAACCGAAGAUUUUUUGCACACUUAUCGCAAAUUAGGGUUAUUGUCCGUGAACAAAAACAAUUCUGGAUCUCCAGUUUUGGUUCAUUGUUCUGCGGGUUGUGGAAGAACAGGUGUCUUCAUUACCUUAGACUUCUUGCUAGGUGUAUUGGACUCACGUUCUAAUCAAUCAAACAAAAUCGAUGUAUGGAACAUGUCAGCGGACUUGAUUUUCAUUGUUGUUAAUGAGCUUCGCAAACAGCGGAUCUCCAUGGUGCAAAAUUUAACUCAAUAUUUAACGUGCUACGAGAGCAUGUUGGAAUUUUUCUAUUUGAAGGAGCACAUAUAA